AGUGAUGCUCUGUUGCUCCGCUGUUGUUUGUUCACGUCACAGACCAUCGUAACAUUCGCCUCUCAGCUGCUGUCGAACAUGUUCGUGAAGAAAUUGAGCAAAGUUUGUCUUGUGGGGCUGAGAAAUGUCUCCGGAAGAAAUCAAGCGGCCGUCAGGCUAUACAGCGAGGCCCAGGGCCUCGGAUGCCCCGCCCCCCCGACCCGCCCCGAGACCUCCAGCGCCGCGAGCCUGAUGGACAUCGGCACCCGCCGGAUCUUCAACGAGGACCACGACAUCUUCAGACGAAGCGCGCGGCGGUUCUUCCAAGAGGAAGUGAUUCCGUACCACGCAGAGUGGGAGAAAGCAGGUGAGGUGAGCAGGGAGGUGUGGGAGAAGGCCGGAGAACAAGGCCUGCUGGCGGUGCUGACACCGGCGGAGCACGGCGGCGUCGGAGCGGACGUGUUGUCGGCAGCCAUCGUGUGGGAGGAGCAGAUGUACUCCAACUGCACGGGCCCGGGCUUCUCCCUGCACUCUGACAUCAUCAUGCCCUACAUCUCCAACUACGGCAGCGAGCAGCAGAUCCAGCGCUUCGUCCCCGACAUGGCCGCCGGGAGAUGCAUCGGCGCCAUCGGCAUGACUGAGCCGGGCCUUCCCAGCGAUCUCCAAGGCGUGAAGACGUACGCCAAGCGGGACGGCAGCGACUGGAUCCUCAACGGCAACAAGGUGUUCAUCUCCAACGGGUGGAUGUCCGACCUGGUGGUGGUCGUGGCCGUGACGGACCGCGAGGCCAAGUCGGCCGCGCACGGCAUCAGCCUGUUCCUGGUGGAAAGUGGCACCAAGGGCUUCCAGAAGGGGCGCAAGCUGGAGAAGAUCGGGCUGAAGGCCCAGGACACGGCGGAGCUGUUUUUUGAGGACGUGCGGCUCCCGGCCGACGCCCUCCUGGGGGAGCCCAACAAGGGCUUCUACUACCUGAUGAACGAGCUGCCGCAGGAGCGCCUGGUGAUUGCUGGCAUGGCCGUGGCGAGCUGUGAGUUCAUGUUUGAGGAAACCAGGAACUAUGUGAUGCAGAGGAAGGCCUUCGGCAAGACCAUCGCUGAUCUUCAGACCGUGCAGCACACGCUGGCCGAGCUGAAGACUGAGAUCUGCAUGGGCCGAGUCUUCUUCGACAACUGCAUCCAGCUCCACGCCGAGAAACGCCUCGACGCCGCCACCGCCUCCAUGGCCAAGUACUGGACCAGUGACCUCCAGAACAAGGUGGCCACUCAGUGCUUGCAGCUCCACGGAGGCUGGGGCUACAUGUGGGAGUACCCCAUCGCCAAGGCCUUUGUGGACUCCCGUAUUCAGCCCAUCUACGGAGGCACCAACGAGAUCAUGAAAGAGCUCAUCGGCCGUUGCAUUGUUCGCCGGAAGUAAGGAAGCCGGAGGGAGAUGUACUUGUGAGAUGGUUUGCGUGCAAUGUACCACUGAAUUUGAGGAUUUAGUGGUUAGGAUUUAAACUUUGCAAGAAAAAACUCUUGUCAGCAAAGGCUACACAAAUAUUUCAAUAUGGGUUAUAUUUGGUAAAAUCUUGACCAUUGCCAAUGUGUCUUGGUUGCAUCCAUAAAUAUUCUGUUUGUGGCUGAAGAUAUUAAUUUUAAUGUUGUGCACCCUUCAUUGUCACUAGGAAAUGUUGUAAAUAAAGAUGAAUUAAAUAACAACGUGUAAAUCGGCAUUA